GCCCAUGCUGAAAAAGAAGACAACUGGGACUCUAUACUCUGGAGUGAUGAGACCAAGAUAAAUGUUUUGAGAACUGAUGGCUUCAAAACUGUAUGGUGUUGCAUAGGUAAGGAGUACAAAGAAAAAUCCAUGGUGCCUACAAUGAAACGUGGUGGCAGUGUCCUCCUGUGGGCUGCAUGAGUGCUGCUGGUGUCAGGGAGCUGAAUUUCAUUGAUGGUAUCAUGAAUUCACAGAUGUACUGUUCUAUAUUGAAAGAGAAGUUUUCCAACAUGACAAUGAUCCAAAACGCACAUCUAAGGCCACUAUUGCAUUUCUGA